AUGAGUAAGCUUAACUACUUUGAGUUGCUUGCAUAAUUAUAUUUAAAAGGGGAAUCUUGGGCAUUUCCUUAUUUCUGCAAUUUUGCUUCUCAUCAAAACAUUGAGCUAUCAAAUAAAUAGUUCAUAACAUCUUAAAAUUCGAUGAUAGUUGAAAAUGAUAAAUUAAAUACUAUGGGAUUUAGCAACACUAUUCAAUUAUAAGGUUCAAGACUCUUAGAUUUGGAUGAUUUAGUUUAGUCAGGUAAAAUUUAUGAAGAUGACUCAUGCAAAUCAUUAGUUCAAUAAGUUUAAACAAGAAAUCAAAAGAAAAAUAGUAAAGUAUCUAAAUCUGAAUAAAAAUAAAAUAAAAUGAAAAUUAAGAUUGAAUAAGUGUAAAGGAAGGAGAAGAAUGUUCAUUUGGGCACUCAAUGUUAAUAGUUGCAGUUUCAAAGUUCAAGUCUUCGUCCUAGAUGUGUGAGGUUAUAUUAAAGAAAUGAAGAACUAUGUAUGAAAAGAUUUUACUUAGUUUAAUUGUUAUUUGAGGAACUGUAAUAAAUAUAUCCUCAGUGCACAGAUUGGGAUGUAAUUCUAAUAUUAGAUUUGUCCAAAAGAAGUUUUGACACUGCUUUUAAAUUAUUAAAAGAAAGUAGUUAUUUUAUAUAAUACUAUUUAUAAGUAUAAUCCAUAAGCAAUAUUGAUAGAAAUGGAUUAGAAAAUAGAUGGAAAAAAAGAUGA